CAUUUUCAUUUUUCAUUAUGCUCUGCAGACUGGGAAUUUAGUCUAACCUGGUGCAUUCAAGUUGUUUUUGAUAAUGACUUUUAGGAAAACUAGGUCCCACAGUUCUCAGCCUACCAAGAAGUCUGGACAGAGCCAGGCUCAUAACAAAACAAAAAAGAAGUCUGCGAGUGCCAAAAUCCCAAACCCUGAGGUGGACCUCCUCAGUACUGCAGCCAUGGAGAACCUCUUCUACAUUUCCCACAAUGCAGCACAUUGUCUAGAGUUCAGGGGCUUUGGAUGGUCAAACAAAUCCAAAUCAAGAAAGAAGACAAAGGGCAAAAACAAUACAAAGUAGGAUU